AUGCUAAUGGUGACUCUGAACCUAAAACAACAAAACCAAUUUGAGAUUGAGAGUACUGCAUUUAUGCGAUCAACUGCAGACGUUGACAUGAUCACACCAAGUCUGCAAAACUUCCCACGGGGCCAAAUUCCCAGCAGAUUGGUCACCGUCAAGUGUAUCUAUCACCAAGCGUUCGGCAAGGAUGGGGAGACCGGGAAAGAAAUGAACAAAAGGAUUUGCGGGAAGCUUCCUGUGAUACCUCCCCGCGGCGCCUACCUCAACAUUAGGCCCAUAAUCCUCUACCUCGACGCCCCUCACUUUCAAUACUUCGAUCCCAACGCUCAUUCAUACUUACGAGCGCUCCGGUGUUUGGAGACAUACAUCCAAAUGAAUGGUCCUUUCGACCGUGUGCUUGGCUUCAGUCAAGGAGCUGGACUCGCACUUACGUAUCUCAUACGUCACAAGCACUUGUAUCCUGACGUUCCUCUGCCAUUCAAGCUUGCGGUCCUUUUCUCGAGGGUCGGCGUCUACGACCUUGGCCAAUGGAUCAGAAAUGGAACGUCAGUUCCACUCACGAGUAUGCCUCGUAACCUGAAUAAGAUCGACCUUUCAGUAGCAAUGGUGUGGGGUGAGAAUGAUUGGGAUGCGGCCAAGUUCGAGGCUACAACAACGACAGCUCUGGAUUUGAAGGAAGCUUCCUAG